UUGAGAUGCUCGUGGUAGGAUAGCCUUUAGCCCAAAAUACGGGGCUCUAUGUCUCGUGAGAAAGGACGCCUUUGGAACGGGCCCGUCCACCGACUGAGGACGAGCAUUCGUGCGCGUGUUCAGCGAUAUGAAGGGCCGGUGCAUGGAUCGCCUCGUGGGUUUAGGCGCACUCAUGUCGGAUUCUGGCCGGGGUUCCUGUGGGCUGGACGGAUACAAAUGCUUGUCAAUCAGAUGACGAGACGACCGCGUGGAAUAUUGGAGAAGGGACAGUGGAUGGGGCAUAAACAGGUGUAUUGACAAUGUUAUUACUCCCCUUUUUAUAACGGCCACAGCUGGCUUAGAUGGUAUUACCGAGUACUCGGGGGUUGUAUUCUUGCUGCUACAUACAUCAUGAAGAGCUCUUUCAUCCUCCCUUCCCUAUCAUAAGAUCGCCAACUCACCCUCAUCCAUCUCCCCGAUCCUGGCGGAUUUAUCGCAACUCGUCAAAUGGCUGUCCUCCGUGCCAUUCUUCCCGACGUGACUCCGAUCGCCCCUCAAAUGCUCGGAGAAACACCGCUG